AUGGGUCUAUUCGACAAAGUUAAAGAAUUUGCCAGCAACCAAAACAGUAGCAGCGGUGGCAACGGUGACAACGGUGGCAGUGACCUUGUCUCCAAGGCUGAAGGGAUUCUAGGCAAGGAAAGGGUGGACAAGAUCAGAAACGAUGUGGGGUCCGACAAUUUCGACAAAUUCGAGGGUUCCGUCAGGCAACAGUUGUCCAAGACGUCAAUUAGUGACAAUAAGAAAUCGUCCUCGGGUAAUAGAUCCGCUGGCGACUCUUACGGCAACGAUUCCUACGGAAACGAGUCCUACGGCUCUAGCAGCAAUAACAACUCUAACUCCUACGGUAAUGACAACUAUGACUCUAACAGCAAUAACAACUCCAACUCCUACGGUAAUGACACCUACGGCUCUAACAGCAAUAACAACUCUAACUCCUACGGUAGUGACAACUAUGGCUCCAACAGCAACAAUAACAAUUCGAGCUCAUAUGGUGAUGACACCUACGGCUCCAACAGCAACAAUAACAACUCUAACUCCUACGGUAGUGACAACUAUGGCUCCAACAGCAACAAUAACAAUUCGAGCUCAUAUGGUGAUGACACCUACGGCUCUAACAGCAACAACAACUCCAACUCCUACGGUGAUGACACCUACGGCUCCAAUAACAACUCCAGCUCAUACGGAGACGAUUCUUACGGGUCUUCGAAAAAGAAGUCUGACAAAAAGUCCGACAAGAAAUCAGGAUCUAACGACUAUAGCUCCAGCUCUUACGCAAAUGAUUCCUACGGGGACGAUUCCUACGGUUCUGGUAAGAAGUCUGGAUCAAACGACUACAAUUCCACCUCAUACGGAAACGAUUCCUAUGGAUCGAACGAUAACGGUAACUCGGACUCCUACGGCAACGACUCCUACGGUAACGACUCUUAUGGAUCUUCCAAAAAGAAAUCCGACAAGAAAUCAGGGUCCGACAAGAAAUCCGGCUCAAAUGACUACAACUCCAGUUCAUACGGAAACGGUUCCUAUGGCUCAAACGAUAACGAUAACUCGAACUCAUACGACAACGACUCCUAUGGAUCUUCUAAGAGGUCUGACAAGAAAUCGGGAUCUGGCGACAACAACUCGAGCUCCUAUGGUAAUCAAAACGCUAGUGACUCCUAUGGGAACAAUGACUCUUCCUACGGCAACGACUCCUAUGGUAACGAUUCGUAUGGAUCUUCUACGAGGUCUGACAAGAAAUCGGGAUCCGGCGACUACAACUCGAGCUCCUAUGGUAAUCAAAACACUAGUGACUCCUAUGGGAACAACAACUCGUCCUAUGGUAAUGACUCCUACGGUAACCAGAACAGCAACAGCUCGCCGUACGGAAACGACUCUUAUGGAAACUCAAACAAAAACUCCUCCUACGGAAAUGACUCCUACGGAGACAACUCCUACGGAAACAGCAACAACAACAAUAACAACAGCUCCUCCUACGGAAACAACAGUUCAUCUUACGGAAAUGAUUCGUACGGGGGCGGCAACUCUAACUCUUAUGGAAACAAUUCGUAUGGGAAUGAUAGCUACAGCAACGACAAUAACAACAACGGUAGCUCCUGGUGA